CACCAUGGGGUGCAUGGGUAAAAACCCAUGGGUAUAGCGGGAAAACACCAUGGGGUGCAUGGGUAAAACCCCAUGUGAAUCCAUGGGAAAUAUCCCAUGGGAAGUUCUCCCAUGUAUACAUGGGGUCCAAUUUCUCCUUGGGUUUCCCAUGGGGAAUCGCCCAUGGGAAAUCAUCAUGGGUUUCCCAUGGGAAAACACCAUGGGAAAAUUUUGUAAGGGAUAUGACGAGAUUGCAAGUCCUGACUGCAGAUGCCAAUGAUGAUGUGGUGUCUUCUGCGUCUAGUAGCUGCAGUGAAACUCCUGAAGCCAUUGAAUGCAGCCCUACUUUGAGCACUGCAACUACAGCAAAGGCUUUUCGGGUGUGGCCAAUCAAGUUCAACUUUCCGGUGUACGCUCUGCGUGCUGGAGUGCAGCAGAAGCUGCGAGGUGGUGAAAAGCUAGAUAGGGGAAACAGAACACAGAUCACCGAUGCUAUUUAUCAGGAUGUGACAAAGUAUACAUAAGUGGCAAUACACCGAGGUAGUCACAGCUUUCCUAGAGACGUUUCCAAAAGUGAAGUCCAAUGACAAUUUGUCCAUGAGUCUGUGGCGUCAAAGGAUUCAGUAGCGGUUUCAGAACGAAAGGAGAAGAAGGGAUUAUGUUCCAGGAAAACGCACACUUUCAGAUAAAAAUGCAACAGCGGGACCACCUCAAAAGCAGAGUGACAAAUUGAUGUGGGGCCUAAAAAACUACAUGAGUCAGCGACCGGAGGGCGAAGACGCUACCUCAAUUGAAAGGCACAGAGCUGCAAUGAAGACUGAACUCACAAAGAGGAACCCAGACCAAAGUCGGAUCGAUCGUCUAAUGACCCUUACAUUUGCUGAUCGCAGGGACAUCAUUGUGAAAAAAAAUCCACUGAUGGUGGAGAUCAAAGCAGAUUUUCCAGCCCUUCUUAAAGGGGGAAGUGAGGUUCUGAAAGAGUUUAAGCCAUAUCAACUGAAGAACUGGGGAAGAAACUGACAACUGGUUUGCAGAAGUACCACAAGCAGCUUUUUGCUCUAGCCAAAAAAGCAGGAUCACACCAUCAUCAAGAAGCUGGUUGAAUCUGCAUCACUUGAAACAACUGAAGAAAACCGUCAGGUUGAAGAUUCACAAACGCAUCCUGUCAUCCAACAACACGAUGACACCACAUUCAAGGUCAUCAUCGAAGAGGAGACCGUCAUGAAGACCACACCCUUGUUUUCUGCAUUUGAGGUGUACUUUGCAUCGUUUUAUGUUUUUAAUUUGUCCUAUCCCAAAAAGUUGAGGGAAGACACUGCAAUUUUUCCAAAGGCCGGUCUUGAACAUUCAGGACAAAGAAAAAGUCAGCACUAGUGUGUGUGCCCCGCUUGAAACCGUAUCUCAGUAAUAACUGUUGUGACUACUUUCUGCAUGUUCAAUUACUGACAGGACCAAUAAAACAAGUUUUGAAAGUUAUGUCAACAAAAGUGAACUUAUCUUGCCAAUUGUAAGCCCCGAUGUCUAAACAAAAUGUAAUUCUUUUAAGCAUAUCUAGUUAUUGUACCCUUGAAAAAAAAAAUUGUGAAGAGUUUAUUUCCAAAACGCCACAUAUUCAGCAGAAAAUUGCACUACAAAUUCUCAUCUUGAAUAUUUUAUGAACAAAAAGAAAGAUAACUUUGAUUACUUUACCAUAACUGUUUGUAUAACACUGUUUUUAAAUCACAUCUUUGUGUUUAUUUAAAAAAAAAAAUUAUGACUGAGGGAAAAAAAUAAGGUGUCUACCAAAAACAAAAAGAACAAUUGGCAUAUAUAGCAUUUUGGAAACAAACUUUUCGUUUUUCCCUGUGAAAACAUUCCAUGUUAAAUUUAUGAUUCUGGUUAUUGUCAGCUGUGUGGCCAAAAAUCUACUCUCUCUCAAAAAAUAGAGAUGUGUUUUUACUUCUGGAAGGGUUCUGGCUCUUUGAAGAGGUGUGGUUUCUAUGCGAAGUAAGGAAAAACCAACCAAUGAUUGAAAGUUAGUCGUUACAUUUUCGCCAGUGUUGUUGACUUUAAUGCGAGGCCAUGGACAGAAGGGUAACUGUUUUAGAAAACUUUUCGCCCAAAAUAGUAAGUUUUAGAAUAUAGAGCCACCUCAAGUUCAAAUGCCAAGGAAUUUCGUUGUGAAAUAUAUGCCCAAAUUCAGUGAACCAAUAUGUAAAUCCUGACUAAGAUCCUUCUUGUGACUUGAAAGGAAUGGUCUGUUUAGCUGGCGAAAUUAUAUUGUUGCAAUAAGUUGUCUCCACCCUUUUAGAGUGCUGUUUAACUUGAAGAGCCAUUCUAAUGUUGUUGUUAUAAAAUAACAAUUUAAAGGGUUUUGGUACUUUUUGCACGACAUAAAACACAAUGUCCACAGAUGAACAUUAAACUAACAGGGUUUGAAAACAAUGAUGGUAGAAAGCUUUCCUAAAAAUAUUACUUGCUGAGGUACUGUCGUUUUUGACCUUAUACCUUAUUUUUUGCAGCUGAAGUUGCAUGGAAUAAAUCAGAUGUUGAUAUGUUAUAAAUUCGUAAUCAUGUCACUUAAAAUGAAAGGAUAAUUUGACCAAUUUCUGUCGUGGUUUUGACGCACCGUUUGAGUUUGUGUUUUUGAUCCUUGACGUGACGUGGAACCUGACGAAUACGUAGAGUUACUGCUUGUUGAAGUUCAGAAGCUCGACCACUUAAUGUGGAGCACCUUGUGUUUGACACUUUUCGAGGUCAGUGUUGCCACAUUUCGUCGUUGACAAAUUCCAAUUUUAUUCGGUGAAUUACUGGUACCUUUACUUCAAAACUCUUGCCUUUUAAUCUCUGCUAACGAUUUCCGUGCUAUGAAACAUUCCCGAUCCCCGAAAAAAAAAAAAAAAAAAAAAAACCGGUGAUGUCCGGAAAUUGGGCACAAAAUGGGAGUACCGAAAACUUGGGCAUGUCGGGUAGCCUUUCUCUAAGACUAAGAGACCCUACCCCAAUGAAGCCCAACAGGAAGAGCAUAAGUAUUAACCAUGGAGGAAUGGAGGAGUGAAAUAAAGUUAUUGUAUUCCUCUUUGUAUUAACAACAAUUUCUACUACCGUAGAAUUCGACUCCGUGAAUUCUUCCUCGACUCACCAUCCAUGGAUCCUGAGCCAUUUUAUUGUAAGAGUAAAUGGGUACCACCUAAGAACCGUGUUCCUUCCCUUGAAACUUACCUGCAGGUUGUUAGUUCACAAAUUAAUUCGAAUGAUCAUUCUACCCACAGGACUCAUGACAACCUCCCUAGAGAAGAGCGUGAGGCUCUUAAGACUCUACGAGCACGGAAAGACAUCAUCAUCAAGCCAGCCGACAAGCUGUUGUUGUCAUGGGCCGUCAGCAAUACAUCGAUGAAGCCAUGAGACAACUGAACAACCAAACUAAUUAUAAACCACUUGACACUGAUCCAACAGGCACCUUCUCAAAGGAGAUUCAACAAACACUGGACGAAAUGCAUGACCGUGACAACCUAACCAAGAAAGCUCACAAGUUUCUCUCCCCGGUCGACUGUAGAACAGCCAGGUUUUACCUCCUUCCCAAGGUACACAAACCAGACAACCCAGGAAGACCCAUCAUUUUUGGCAAUGGUUCCCCCACUGAAAACAUCUUUCUUUUUGUUGACAGUUUUCUCAACCCGUUAAUGCCGCAGAUUCCAUCAUUCAUUCAUGACACUCCAGAUUUCCUCCGCAAAAUCUCAGGUAUUCAGAACCAGGUCCCAAACACAGCCAUCAUCGGUACUUUUGAUGUAACCUCUCUAUACACCAACAUUCCCCAAGAUGAAGGGAUUGCUGCCUGCUCUUCAGCUCUGUCUAACAGUGGUCACACAUCACCGCCCAUUUCUGACAUAGUAUCCCUCAUGCAACAUGUUUUAACAAAAAACAACUUUUCUUUCAUGGGUAAGAAUUUCCUACCGGUACAGGGCACUGCAAUGGGCACACGUAUGUCACCAUCAAUGGCGUGCCUUUUCAUGAGCCAUCUUGAACAGCUCAUGUUGGCAACAGCCCCUUGCCGUCCCUGGGUCUGGUGGCGCUAUAUCGAUGACAUCUUUUUCAUCUGGACAAGCAAUGAAGCACGUCCCACAGCUUUCAUUAAUCACAUGAAUUCCUUCCACAGGACCAUCAAAUUCACGAGCGAAUACUCAACCAAGGAUACACAUUUUCUGGAUGUCAAGGUUCUCAAAACGGAUGAAGGCUUAACCACAGAUCUCUUCGUUAAACCCACAUAUAAACACCAAUACCUACAUUCCACGUAUGUCAACCCGACACUGCAAAACCAGCAUAGCCUACAGUCAGGCCCUCAGACUCCGUCGAAUCUGUUCUAAUGAUUCUGAUUUUAUCCACCACUCACAGGAACUUAAGAAACACCUUGUUUCCAGGGGUCAUAGCUCUCUGGCAGUCCAUCGAGCGAUCCAGAAUAUCAAGGCUCGUUCUAUAGGGAGUCAGUACUUUCCAAAGGACCCAAGAAACAACAGAGUCCUACGGGGAAAGUUCCUUUUGUUGUCACUUUCCACCCCUAACUUCCUCCCAUUCGUAAAAUAACCAGUUCGAACCAUCAUAUUCUUCACACCUCAGAUCGAC